UUAAAGGUGUAAGCGCAGGGCUUCUUCAAGUGAACUACAAAGAUAUGAAUCUUAUCUUGUCUGACGCCAUGCCUCCCAUGCCUUCCUUGAUUGCCAUUCUCAUGGUAGCACUAGGAGGGUUAUGGUCCUUUGUUUAUCUCCGCCGUUCAAUGAAAGGGAAAGGGGAUAGGCCCACCAGUGUAGGAAGCAACACCAGGUUGCCCCCUGGGCCAACUGGGAUUCCCAUCAUUGGAAACCUUCAUAUGCUGGGCCCGCUCCCUCACCGUGAUCUCCAUAGAUUAGCCAAGAAGUAUGGCCCGAUCAUGUUCAUGCGACUGGGACAAGUUCCCACUGUGAUCGUAUCAUCCCCCCGGGCGGCCCAGCUAUUCCUCAAGACGCACGAUCUGGUGUUUUCUAGUAGGCCAAUCACUGAGGUUGGGAUGAUCACUUCUUAUGAUGGAAAGGGCUUAGCUGAUGCACCGUAUGGCCCAUACUGGCGAAAUGUACGCAAAUUAUGUACACUGAGGUUGCUUAGCAACCUCAUGAUAGACUCUUUCAGACCCAUGAGGAGAGAAGAGCUGGCUCUCCUAGUGCAGUCACUCAAAGACAGUGCCCAGACCCAUGAAAUGGUCGACCUCACCAUGAAGGUGUCGUCUCUCAGCACCAGCGUGACAUGUAGAACGGUGCUUGGAAAGAAGUAUACCGAUGAGAGUUUUGAUAAGAGGGGGUUCAAAGGAGUUAUCGAUGACCUGUCGGCUAUAGUAGGAGCUUUCAACAUAGCCGAUUACAUUCCCUAUGUUGGGAGAUUAGAUCUCCAAGGUCUACGUCGCCGUGUAGUGGCAAUCCGUAAGGUUUUCGAUGACUUCUUUGAGAAGAUCAUCGACGAGCAUGUGGCGGACCGCAACGGGAAGCGUGAUAGGGAUUUCAUCGACUCUAUGUUGUCCUUCAUGGAAUCCGAAGAGAAUGAGUUCCAAUUCGAUCGUAGCAAUAUGAAGGCAUUAAUCUUGGGUGAUGGUGAUGCGCCAAUUGUCUACCUUGUUCCCUCAACGUGA